AGAAGAAGAGUGAAGAGAAGCUGAAUCAUCACUGUCAUGGACAGACAACAUGUUUGGUUCACACUCUUAUCAGGUCUUUGUUUCCUCCCAGCCUGUUUCCUGCACAAAUACUUCUUGAUUGAGAAAGCAAAGUCGUGGUCUGAAGCCCAGGACUACUGCAAGGAAAGAUACUCAAACCUGGCCAUUGUUCGGAACGCAAAAGACAUGGAGCAGCUGGUGGACGUUUCCCAACCUUAUCUUAAGAUACGGGUGUGGAUCGGACUGCGGCACGAGCUGUCCAACUGGACGUGGUCACAGGGGGAGGGAAAUUAUGUUGGAGCAGAGUUCAUGAAGUGGGCUCCAGGUGAACCUGAUGACCGCACACAGGGUAAAGAGAACUGUGCCUUCGCAAGGAAUGGCUUCUGGCAUGACGCCCCAUGCAGUGAGGAAGAAAGCUUUGUCUGCUCCAAUGGAUCAUCGGUCACUCCCAGGUUCUUUUUGAUGGACAUGAAGUUGAGCAAGAGCAACGCCCAAAGGCACUGCAGGAGGAACUUCACUGACCUGGCCAGUGUGACCAAUGAAGCUGAAAAUGAAGAGCUGAAGUCCCUCACAGCGGGCGUCGGCCACUGGAUCAGCCUCUUCAGAGCCCCGUGGAAGUGGCCAGAUGAGAGUCACAUGUCUUUCUCCAAGUGGAACGCGACUCUAGAGGAACCAAACGGAGGCAUUCAAACUCCCUGUGUGACGGUCCGUAGAGGAGCCUGGGAGGACGAUGACUGCGAGCAACAGUUAUUCUUUGUCUGUCAAAUUGAGAUUCAUAUGAAGAAGGUCAAGUUAAAAGGAACCACUGAGAAUUUAUCACUGAACCUGGAGGAUGAAGCAGAAGCCAUCUUACAGCAGUUGAACCAGACAGUGACGGAUCUCGGACUGACACAAGCAGUGAAGCUGACCUGGAUGAAGCAGCCUGAUGGGAAGAUCUUCCACCAAGACAAAGAAGAGGUGAAGUCCAAGGAGAACACCUGCACCGUUACAUGAGUUUAAGAAUCAGCUUCAUGAUCUUUUCUCUUCUGCAUGUGAUCAUUUUAAUUCUAUCUGACAUGUGUCAGUUGUUCAGACACAAAGAUAAUGACGAAGAUUAAGUGAGGACACAAUUCACUUUUUGUUUGUCAAUCAGCUCAAAAAAGUUGUAAUUUGACUGGUUUCCCAUUUCUUCUGAAGGAGUACAAGCUGAGUAUUGUGCACAAAAACAUAAGUUGCAGCUGAUCUGCAAAUUUGACAAAAUGAGGAUUUUUUUCCAGACAGAUAUGCAGAAUAACCUGUGAUCAUAUGUUAGUCAAUCUGCAAAAUCGAUCAUUUGAAGAGAACGUGUAGAAGAGUGCUUAGAGUGUUCCCUGAAAGAAUAACAAAGAAAUGACAUGACUUAUGAUUUGAUAGUAUCAUGUGUUUUGAA